AAAAUUAUAUGUACGUAAAGUAAAAAUUAGGCUCAAAAUCUUAUUUCAGUCAUUAUAUUCAGUUGUGUGAUGCCUCAAGUCUAUCGAUAAAUGAGUAUAUGUUGCUGUCCAGACGCUGGAGAAAAUGGACGGACAGAAAGGAGCUGGCUCUGUGUUUAUGUGUCGGCUGUGCAACCUCUUCUCUCCCAGUCGCCCUCUGCUGUUGACCCAUUGCUCACAACUGCACCCACAACAGGAGCCUCCUGAUGACAUCAUCAUUGCACUACAGCCCCUUUUAGCAGAGCCUGCGGGUAACCUGUCAGAGAGCCCAGUGAAGCGAAAGCGAGGUAGACCAAAAGGCUCCACAAAGAAGCGCGCAGAUUGGACAGAGGGCAAGGCUGACUCCACCCAUUCUACAGAGGAUAAAGUUCGAAGAGAAGAAGAGAGGAAUAAGGAGGAGGCAGACCGACAAGGUGAAAAUGAUAAUGGGAUAUCGGGGUUGGAAUGUAGAGACUGUCAUCGCUUGUUCAGGAACAGACGACAGAUCCUCAAACACAUCUGUCUGAGAGAAGAGGAGGAGGAAGAAGAAGAGAAUGGGAGCAUCUGUGGUGGAACAAUGGUUGAAGAUUCUGAAAAUUUGGACCCUGGGGGAGCUGAUCAAAAUCAAAUGCAGCAAAACCCAGCAGGACCAGGACUUGUGAGAGAAAAAGGUGGGGGCAAUGGACAGAGAACCAAUAAGAGAAGUCGGAUGCUUUCUGAGGACCGAAGCCGCAUCUCCAAAGAAGGAGGCCUUACCACAGGGAACAAAAAGUCUGUCAUCAGUGUUGUUCUAAAGGAAGAUGAAACAAUCCCAGGUGUUUCUAAAAUGGUUCCAGUGGAGGACAUUUCAAGAGAAACAGAGUGUGUAGCCGUUCAGGCCGAGCCUCAGCACUCUGCAGUCUUCCAAAGUCAGCGACAGGACGUUGCAAGUGAAUCUACAGCCUGUGAAGAUAACCCUGAAACAGACCAGGAGCCAAGUUCUAAUCCAGCCUCCACAACAACAACAGCCAGCAGAGGCUUCCAGGAAUAUUCUAUCAAGCAAGAUGCUACCAAUUUACUUCAGAGCCAGUUGAAGAUCUUCGCCUGUGAGUUCUGUAAUAAGAUCUUCAAGUUCAGACACUCGCUGAUCUCCCACCUUAGGACACACACCCAGGAGAAACCAUUCCAGUGUCCACACUGUGACUAUGCAUCAGCCAUCAAAGCCAACCUGAAUGUUCACCUGAGGAAGCACACAGGAGAGAAGUUUAGCUGUCCGCACUGUCCUUUCAACUGCCUCAGCCCAGGACACCUCAAGGUCCACAUAGAGCGAGUCCAUUUGAAGGUGAAACAGCACUGCAGCUUUUGUCAAAAAAAGUACUCGGAUGUGAAGAACCUGCUGAAACAUAUCGAGAAACGGCAUAACCUGAAAGACCCUGUUGUCUCCCAGAGCUACCAACAACUGAGGCUAAAAACUCGUCAGGGCCUCAGACAGCUCCUCUACCACUGUCCCACCUGUAAUCGACGCUUUAAGAACCAGCUUGAGCGGGAGCGCCACCUGUUGGUCCACGGCCCUCAGCGGCCCUUUGCCUGCUUGCUAUGUGACCAUGCUGCCACCAAGCUGGCUGCCCUUGCUGCUCAUGUCAGAAAACACCCCUUCCUAUACGUCUGCUCUGUGUGUGACGGGAAGUUUGUCAGCUCUCAGAGACUAAAGAGUCACCUUAAAGAGUCUCACCCUGACCUGGACCAAGAGCAGGCUUUUACUGAGUGCAUCAACAGCAGCUUCUAUCUGAUGCAACCAGGAGGAAGCAUGUGGGGAGAUGAAGAGAGGGAGAAUACAGAGAGAGAGAUAAAUGAAAAGGAUGGGGUUGAGCAUGAAAAUGAGAGGAGGGAUGAAGGGUUAAGUAAGGGUGUAGGAGGGGAGGAGUUGAGAGAUGGAGAAGGGGAGCAGCUGCAAGGAGCAGGAGGGGAAGACAGGGAGCAAGAGAGGGAGGAGGCUAAAUCUCAGGACAAAAGCACAGAGGAACAACGAGUGACAGAGGGACAGAAGGGAAAAGAAGGAGUUUCCCAAGAAGUGCUGCAUCAAUCAAUUUCCAGAGAAACCACAACACACUCUGACAGACAGGAGGAAGAGCUCGUUGAGUCUUCUGAUUGGUCUGAAGUGACAGCAGCGGAGAAGUCGCAGGAUAAAAGACAUGAGGAGAACACACAAAGCUUUUUACCAUCACAGGAAAUUCACACCCCUCUUUUAGAAAGCACACCUAGGAGUCCAGACAACACACACCCAGCUGAUGAUGACACACGUGCACCUUUGUCAUCAGCACCUCCAGGAGAAGAUGGCCAAAGUUCACAAUCAGAAACGGUGUCAGAGGUUUUGCAUUCGAGUGCAUUCCAGCAGGUUCUUUCGUCUCUUCAGAAGACUCUGCUUGAUAUGGAGACUUUCCAACGGCUCAGGAAAAUUUAUGGAGACCUGGAAUGUCAAUACUGUGGUAAACUGUUCUGGUACAAAGUCCAUUAUAAUGCCCAUGUACGUACGCACACCAAGGAGCACUUGCAUUACUGUUCAAAGUGUAGCUACUCUUCCAUCACCAAAAGCUCUUUAAAGCGACAUCUGAUCCAGAAGCACAGCGGGUUGCUGCUGCCUUGCUCUAAUCCCGGAUGUAAAUACAGCACACCUGACAAAUACAAGCUACAAGCCCAUCAGAGGACACAUCAGGAACUGGGGAAGAGCAUGACCUGUCCUGUCUGCCACCACAGCUAUCCAGAGCACAGACUAAAACACCACAUUAAAACAUCCCACCCUGAUACUGUGCCUGUGCAGGGUAAAGGGCUGAUGGUCAAACGUGCAGAGAAGUGCCCUUACUGUGACUCUUACUUCUUAAAGAACAGCAGUGACUUUCAGCAGCACAUCUGGGCCCACCAAGGUUUGAAGCCAUACCUCUGCACCAUGUGUGACUAUGCAGGCCGUAGUAGGAGUAACCUGAAGACUCAUAUGAACCGACACAACAAAGACAGAUGUCACGUCUGUGAUUUGUGUGGUAAAAAGUUCAAAUCUAAAGUCACAUUGAAAAGCCACAGACUGAGCCACAGUAGUGAAGGGAAGCGGUUUCAGUGCUCAAAGUGUGACUUCACCUCGGUCUCUAAACCUUCCUUGCUAAGACACAUGGAGCAGCAUGCUGAAUUUAAGCCGUUUCGUUGUGCCCACUGCCACUACUCCUGUAAUAUUGCUGGUCCUCUGAAGAGACACUACAACAGGAAACAUCCGGAUCAGCAAUAUCAGAAUGCUGGACCAGGACUGACUGACCUAGAUGCUUUGAAACAGCAAGGUGGAAUGAAGUGCCCUGAAUGUGAAUUUAUUUAUGGCACCAACUGGGAACUGAACCGCCACCUGAAAAGCAAACAUGGCCUGAAACUGGUGGAAGGCACCUGGGAGGUGGGGGAGGCAGUAGAGGCCCAAUACAUGCCUGUGGAGGAUGAAGAGCAGCUGACAGAAGCACAUGUAGCAGCCCUGCAGGACAACGGGGCAGUAAAUAUCCUCCAGCAGAUCACUGAAUUCAGUACAGAGGCUCACAACGCUGUCACCUCCAUGGUUGCCAUGGCUCCUGGCACUGUUGCGGUUGUAGAACAGUUGCAGGUGGCUGAGGAGAAGGAAGUCUGCAGCAACCAGCUGAUGGUGGUAAAUGCAGAGGGGGAUCUAACUGGUAACCAGUUGAUGGUGGUGGAGGAGGGACACGGCCUGGAGGCCCUGACAGUCCUCACUCAGGGAGAAAACACUCACCACUAUAUUGUCUACGUCCAGGAACAUACAGUAGAAAUCAACUAGCAUUUCACCACAAGAUCAGUGGAUCACUGAGUAUCAGUAGAUGAGUAAAGCAACAUAAAAUGUCCCAAUAAGCAAUAAAGUCAGGAUUUAGUGAAUGUAAUAAUUCCCUUCAUCAUAUUUAUUUUUCAGUCACUUGGUUAUUAAAACAAUAAGUGCAAUACUUGGUAUACUUGUGAUAAUGUGACAUAUUUUUUACUUACAAAGCAUAUUUAAAUAAAAUCCCUGUCCUGCAGAGGUUGAUGCA